ACGUGCGACUGCCGUUUCUUAGCAACGGGGCGAUGCGUCCGCUAUGGCCGCCGCACAGCCGAUGCUCUCGUUGCUGCUCCUGUUGUCGGUCGUGGCGUCGGGGAAGGCGAAGCCCCGGGAUGCAAACAGCACUCUGGAAGCAGAGGAAGCGCCCACGAACGAGACGAGCUCCAGUGAGGCGCCCAUCAGUGAGGCGGCCGAAGUCGAGAGGAAAGAGAGACUCGAACCCAGAGCUGGCGCUUCUUCGUCGAUCUGCCCCUGUGAUCUGCACCCAGGCUUCUGCGACCUCAACUGCUGCUGUGAUUCAAGCUGUGGCUCAGAUUGUAGCACGGGGGGCCCUGAAUGUCCCUUCUCUUUUUGUCUUCCAGGCAGCACCAGGGCUGUGAGUCAGGUGUGCUUGGAAAAAUCCACAAUUUUCCAAAAUAACACCCCUUACCGUACUGAUGUCCUUCCUGGUCCUGGUGGAUGUGUAUUGCUGUUCUGUGUGGAGCUAAAUGAUUCAAAGCUGAACUAUUUACAGCAGCCACAGGUGGUUACAAAAGUCAACUUUCCAGCACUUUCAGCGCAAUAUGGAGGGUCUUCUUUCAAUUUGCCUGAUCAAGUUCUGUCAUCACCAUCUGCCUUUUACCGGGUGGGAGAUCCUAUACAGACUUACUUUGCUGCAUCAUCUGUAUUAAGUAUACUCAAACAACCAGUGGGCAUUGGAACCAGCCAACUUUGCAUUGAUGAGAAUCCUGCUGGUUUCCUGGAGAGCAAAAACACAAGCUGCAUUCGGAUCCUUACUGACUUAACAAGCAGCUGCACCACUGACCCUGCACUGGAUGCAGCUUCAUACUACCGUGGCUUCAGUGUCCUGAAGAUAAAAGAACACUGCAAAGAAGACAAGACUGUAAGACUGGGAUCAAAGGUCAACAUCACCCCUAUUUCAGAGCCUGCAUCUCCUUCACUAAGUGGUAGCACGUGCCACAAUGUUGUUUCUGAGGUGAGCUAUGAGGUGGAGUUCAAUGGGAUUCAUGGAAUUCAGAAAGUGUCUGUUCAAUUCAAAGUUGCCAGUAUAUCUGGGAAUCCAAGAGCCACACUGCAGCAGCGCUUUUCUCUUCAUUUUGGGAGCAGGAGCCCUUCUCUCACCAAACAGAGAAGUGGGAACCCUGGAUAUAUCAUAGGAGCACCACUGAUAGUUCUGUAUAAUGGCACCCAGCAGCAUAUAACCAUUUUACAGAAUCAAGUUGAUGGUCAAUGCUCAGCAACUGAAAGGUAUAAAGUACAGUUUAGAGAGAAUGUGAGGACAAGUUGCCAGUUCAGUGUACCCUUCAAGCUGGAGGAAGCAAACUGUAGCCAUUUCCAAGAGACGCUAUACCAAGCCUUUGAGGGAACAUACAACUUAGGCGGUUUGGCCAUAACUGGCAAUGCUGACCCAAGCCGUCCAGGAGAGCGGACCAACAUUUUCACCCAGGGGUGCAAAAUACAGGAUGGGCCUUGUAUGGUUCCCAUUUCCCUGAAGAUCCAAGUGAUAUGGGCCCACUUAGGCCUCCUGUCUAAUCCGCAAGCUCAAAUAUUGGGAGCACGAUACCAUUAUCUCUGCAAAUCUCUGAAGUCCAUUGGCAACAUGGUGAACAUGUUGCCUUUGACAACCACAGUUGCCUUCACGGAUGCUACUAAAUGGCCGGAGCCACCCCGCGGUCAGCCCAGAGCCUAUUGGAAGCUUCCAUUUGAUUUCUUCUUCCCUUUUAAAGUGGCAUUGAGUGGAGCUGGGAGCAGCUCAGGCAGCCUACCUGGUACUCUGCUGGUGACAUUAACAUUUUGUAAAUUACUUGUCUCAUGAACGUCUUUUUUUAUAAGAAGAACAAGAUCUGCAAGAGCCAUAUUGGCAUUGCUUGUAUUACAUAGCAUUGCUUGCUAUGAAGUGACUGAAUCAGAAUGGACGCACUCUUGGGGGAAAGUGUGUUUAAGAAACAGUCUCCUCCUAGUGGAGGGUAUAGAGUGGAAACUGUGUGUCACAUGACUGCGAUGCUUGUAGUCAAGUCUAGGAACCUCUGUACAUCACUCUCUGGACUUGUGGUGACCUGUUGAAAACUCACCAGCCCAUGGUGAGCUGAUCAAAUGCACAUACCUCACAUGAAUUUGGUAUUCAGCUCAUAAGGGUAAGUGCUAACGGUUGUGCCAUACGUGACUUGCCAUGCCUCUUUAUGGAUGUCAUUCUUUACUCCACAAGAUCUCUGGCCAUCAAUCUAGUGAAGAAAGAGUUGGGACCCAAAGUGACAUGGGCACUCUUCCUCAUUCUGAAGCUUUUGAGCCUCUUCUAUACAGCCCCUUACGUUCCCCAAAACCCUUGCCAGCGUGGAAGUGCUUGAGGCUGCUUUAGAUCUCAGUCAAGGAAAAAGCUCCCAGUCACAAACUCUGACGUAUUAUUUCUUGAAGAAAACACUAGAAGUAGAAAGUCCUUUAGCUUUCAGUCUGCUUUCCCUUGUCUGUUGUUAGGGGGAAACUUGGGACACUUGAUAACGCACAACUUUGUAAAUGAAACUAUUUUAUCUUUAUGGAUUGUCAUUAAAAACUAGUAUCAUUCCUCUUUUCAUGAUAAAACAAUCACACUUUUCAUGACUCACCUCAAUAAUACCUGUCUCUUACCUUUAUACUAACUAUGGCUGGCUUUCCUAGAGGAGUCAAAUUGGGACACGAUUACUGAAAAAGAAAUCUCUCCACAAUC